AACAACAAGAAGAAGAAUAGCAGGAACAAWAGCAAACGUUUGGUGAAACCGUGCGUCUACUGAGCUCUUUCUUCUUCAGUCCUUUUCGGAUUAAAAAAAAUGCCUAUGAGGAAAUGUAUUUUCGGAUGCCAAGGAGACGACCCUCUUUUUAAACUUCCCAACGAUGACAAUGUUCUUAAAAAAUGGUUGGACUUCAUCUUUGGAUGUAACUUACGUAAGAUUAAAAAACAUGUAUUUAUUUGCGCGAGCCACUUUACGGAUGACUGCUUCCUGAACAARAGGGAAUUUAACAGAGGACUGAUAACAAGACUGUCGCUGAAAGACGAUGCUGUUCCGACACUGAAAAGGACGCCGACACCACCGCCGUGUGUUCAGGCUUCACCUGCGACCACAAGCUCUGCUUUGGAAAAUACUGCAACUUCAUAUAUUAAAACAAGAUCAGUGUCUACACAGUUGUCAGCUGGAACGUUGAGGUCUCAACACUACCGGAGUAAAGGUGUACAAGCUACAGUUGAGCUUACAAGCAGAGGCACAGACCCGUGUUUACCACAGAUUUUAUCAACAUCUGCAAAAAAACGACCUCGCCUGGAAUUCGAGGAGGAAGAAGAUGAUGUCAACAUGUCUGUUACUGGAUCACAGGAUUCAACCCAUGAACCAGAAGAUACUGUCACACACCCGUCUGACCAGAUGGACACGGAGUCACCAUCCGAGUUUGAAGAUGCAAAAUUCAUUGUAUUUGAAAGUGCCCUCAAAGAGCUGUUUGAGAACUGCCCUGUCUGCAAGAGACACUGUAUAGUGGACCAGAGCCGAUGUGGAACCUUUGUUGCUUUCAAGCAGGACUGUCCUCAUUGUUCGUUCACUCGAAAGUGGCAGAGCCAGCCAAUGAGGGGCAAUUUACCGCAGGGUAAUCUGGAGUUGUCAGCAGCGGUGUAUUUCAACGGAGGAUCAUUUUCUAAAAUUGAAAAGAUUUGCAACACCAUAAACCUCAAGGUGCACAACAAUACUACGUUUAAGAGCCAUGCACGUAACCUCUUGGAACCAGCCAUUUACCACAAAUGGACUGUGGAUCAGGGCAAAGUGUUGGAAGAAAUGAAGAGUAAAGGGAAAAUAGCCGUUACUGGAGAUAUGAGGGUGGACUCGCCAGGGAACUCAGCCAAAUUUGGGAGCUACACAAUAAUGGAGUGUGAAAACAACAAGGUCCUUGACAUUCAACUUGUGCAGAGUAACGAAGUUGGCGGCAGUGUGAAUAUGGAGAAAGAGGGACUGAAGCGGAGUCUUGAUCUGCUGGAGUCCAAGUCGGUACAACUGGACUACAUUGUGACAAACAAACAUCUUCAAGUACAGAAGCAUCUGAGCGAGAGAGAAGUGACGCACUAUUAUGACGUUUGGAAUGUGGUAAAAGUCUUGUCAAAGAAAAUGGAACGUUUGGCCAAACAAAAGGAUUGCAAGAUGUUAAAGAAAUGGGUGCCUGGAAUAAAAAGCCACAUGUACUGGACCGCGUAUUCAUCUACAACUGGACCAGAGAAAGUGGCCAAGUGGAAGUCUGUGGUGAACCAUAUACAGAAUGUCCACGAGCACGAUGAUCCUUUGUUCCCAAAAUGUCUUCAUCCAAUCAGAGCAUCCACGGAUCCAAAUAAGUGGUUCAAACCAGGCACUGUGGCCUUGCAUAGAAUUGAGAAAAUGCUCCUCAACAGAAAGAUCCUGAAAGAUGUUUACAAACUGAGCUCUAACCAACACACAUCAUCAUUCGAGUCAUUCCACAGCCUGAUUCGGCGCUUUACACCCAAGAAUAUGACUUUCCCGUUCAUCGGAAGGCUGUGCCGACUGUAUCUGGCUGCUAUGCACCACAAUGAAAACUCAAAACCAGAGCAGGCUGCUGCAAAUGGGAAACACAUGUUGAAAUUACUGUUUCCAAAGUCAUCAAAGGGACGUGCUACUGCAAGACGCAUCAAAACAAACGCCACAUAUGGAUACCGGAGUGACCUGAUGCGUCUGGUUUUCAACACGGUAGUUGUUGACCCACUGAAGUWUCAGACGGAGCUGCAGAAGGUGUCUGCCCCCCCGAACCUCUGUCAUGUCAUGUCUGACAUGCCUGCAAUGGAGGAUGACCCAGACAACAACAUUUAAUCCUGUGAUGCCUGGAAGUCAACAGRCCUGAAGUCAACAGGGAUCUGUGAAUUCCUGACGAGUCCGCAGAACAGAACACGACAGCAUUACAACCAUUAGUCUGGCUCCAAGGAAUUCUCAGUACCAACUAACAAAUCUGAAACAUCUGGAAUUAUAAGAAAUUGUAAAUAUUACUACUAAUUUGUUUGUACUAGUUUGUGUAUUUUAAAACUUUUGUUUGUUUCUAUUUUUGAAUACUURCACUUCUUCUCUGGACAGGUCCAUAAUCUGCUCUGUUUAUAUUUGUUGAUAUUUGUAGGACAUGGAUUCAAACAGUUCACACAAUGGAACAAAUUUCUAGAUGAUUUAUGGCUAAAACUCUUGUUUGAGUCAAUUUUGAAAGAUGUUUAACAUUUUAUAUAUCAAAGAAGAAGGGCUGUGGGAUCUUGCAGAAAACCUUUUUAACUUUGGCUGUCAUAGAGACACCUGUGAGAAUAAAAUUUGCUUUACAAAUAA